AGAUGAUUAAUUUUAUAAUUAUAUUCGGUGUAAUUUUUCUACCAUGAAUUUGAUUCUUACACCAUAGCCUUAUUAUCAAUACUUUGUUUAAAUAGUUCUACGCAUAAAUGGAAUAUUUACAUAACUAUAAAUAAUUAUAUGGAUUGUCAAUUGAUGUUAUUUACUUAAACGCAUAUAUCUAAGGCUUACUUUGGGUGCCCAAUGUAUUAUAAUUUGGAGUUAGUGUAUAAGUAGUGUGUUACUAUUAUUUCAAAUUUAUUUUAUUAUGUAUGUAAAAAUAGUCGAUAUAAAUAUAUGAUUAAAAAAAUAAACUGGCUCUUAAUUUCCUAGUUGGAUGUACCUACAGAUGUAUGACAUAACUCGUUCGGACAUCGCGAAUAUUUUUGGAAAGGGAUGCUUUAAUUUUUUUUGUGUUUUUACAAAAUAAACCCUAGUGCAGGUCUACGAUAAUGAGGGAUUACAUAAUAUUUUUAGUACAGAAGAUACAAAAUGAUAUUUUAUUCACUAAACCACGCUGAAACUUAAGUUUCUUUUAUUUACUUUCUUAAUAGAAUAUAAGAUUUUUUGGAUAAAUUUAUAAUAACAUAUAAUACCCUAAUAACAGCGCUGUUACCUAUUUAUGUUAUUAUAAUAAAAGUAAAAGCAUAAAAAAUCUCGAAUUAUCAUAAUAGGUAGUAAAAAUAAUCUAGCGCGAUGUUUUAUUGCGGUUUCUUUUAUAGCUUAAAGAUCGCGGCAAUUUUAGUUAUCUGAAGCAGAAGGCAGUUUAAAUGAUAAAAAGUAAUAGUGCUCCAAGAUGGGUUACUGUUACGACUACUCUAGUGGCAUGUGAACGGGUAAAUAAGCACCGAAUCCGCGCAUAAUAGGCACAAUGCUUCACAAUGAAUGAAUGCCCACUCGACUGAAUUGAUAAGUGGGUUGUACCGCUUGCGUGGGGAGCGCGUGUCCGCCCGCCCGCCCGAUUCAUCGCGCACCACGUCCAGGGAACCUAGCUUCAUAUUUAUGCCUAAGAGAAUGCGCCCUCACUGAGUGUGAAAAAAUUAAAAUGGUUUAAAUUAAAUAAUACAUCUGCAGGAUAUUGCAACGUGGGCACUUUUUAGAUACAUAGUUGCCCCAAUUACACAUGUAAAUAAAUUUAAGUAUGUCUUAAUUAAUUUAAUGUACUAGAACAAGAAAAUAAUGACUUCAUAAAAAAUAGAGACGAAUAGUGAGCGUCGCAUCUGUAGCAUGGGCUUUUUAUUCUGUGACGUAGUUGCCGGUCGCGGCGGCGCGUUUUGUCUGCCUGACCACUGGUCGAGAGCGGCAGAGGUGGUCGCAGUCGUGCAUUCUGUCGCAGUCGCAGCUAGGGAGCGCUCAUCUCGCUACGCUCGCUUCUCAUCUGGCUCUCUCGCGACACGCACCAUUUUCCCGCCAAAAAUCGCGAUCUUUCGCAACAUUGUUUUAUUUUAAUGUAAAAGUUGAAGUCAAUGUCAUGUAAUGUAGUGAUCGAUUUUAUUUUGUGAUGCGUUCUUUUGUUGUGUUCAUUUUGUUCUUUGUGUUUUUACCGAAGUCUACGAAGGCGAUACGAUGGCUAGCAUUGCAUGAGAGCGAGGGCAACUGGACGGAGAGCGAAUGCCUGGAGGCCCGGCGCGCUGGUUGGCUAUGGAGCCAGCAGUCGCGCGCGUGCCGGCGCCAGCCCGCCGCCAUGCCGCACGUGGCGGGUGCCGCGCGGCUCGCCCGCGCCGCCUGCCGCGCCGCGCACGCCGGCGAGCGCUGGAACUGCUCCUCCAUUGAGCUGGCGCCUAGGUUCACGCCCGACCUGCUCACUGGCACUCGCGAGCAGGCGUACGUGUACGCUAUGUCGGCGGCGGCACUAGCUUGGUCCAUAGCUCGCGCAUGCGCUGCGGGCUCGCUUCCAGCUUGCUCGUGCGCAGCCCCACCUCGCGCCCCGCCGCGACCGCCGCGGCAGGCGCAGGUUACUCCCGCUGAACCACACGCACGGUUCAAGUGGGGCGGAUGCGGGGAUAACUACCAGUGGGCUGAAAGAUUCGCAAAACAAUUUUUGGAUGCCCACGAAAUAGACGUCCGGGAGGGCAAAAUAGAGAAUAUUAUCGAAGAACCAACGACUACGGAGCCACCGACAACCACGACAACAUUAGAACCCACCACUAUGCCUCCCGUGGUUAUCCUGGUGGACGAUCAACCAGCGCCAGCGAACACUAGUGUGGCUCCAAAGACGAAGAAGAAAGGACGCCGGGGACGCAAGCGUUUGCCGCGGUCGCCGCGACGUGGGAGGCCUACAAGGAAACGGUUCAGAUCUAGACAGAGAUAUCAAUACGAAGACAGAGGCUCAAGAUACCGAAAUAUAGAGUACCGAAUGGCGGCUGACGACCCGAGGUUUGAUCCCCAAGUAGACCUACAAACACGGCUCGAUCGACUGCGACCUCUCAUCGCUUCAGCCAACCUCAUGAACGGGCGAUUUGGACGAAAGGCGGUGUCAAGCGGCAUGCGGACCAAGUGCACGUGUCACGGCGUGUCGGGUUCGUGCUCGGUGCGCACGUGCUGGCGCGCGCUGCCGCCGCUGGCGCGCGUGGCGGCGGCCCUGGCCGCGGCCACAGCGCGCGCCGGCCCGCUGCCGCAACACCGCCGCGCCCGCCGCGCUCGCCCGCGUCUGCGCUACGUCACGCCCAGCCCCGACUACUGCGAGCCCGACGCUGCUGCUGGCUCGCACGGCACGCACGGCAGGAAGUGCAACGCGAGCCUGGGCAGUGCGGCGGGCGGGUGCGGGCGGCUGUGCUGCGGGCGCGGGAGGCGCGCGGUCCGCUCGAGCCGGCUGGAGCGCUGCCACUGCCGCUACCACUGGUGCUGCCGCGUCGACUGCCAGCUGUGCCGCCUCACCACCGAAGACCACUACUGCAACUGAUACAUUCGACUCCACCAAGGAUUUUAAAACAAGGCGAAUUUAAAUGCCACCUCUUUUAAUAAAACUCAAUAAUUACGCUGAAUAGGAAGCUAGGCUAAACCCAGGAAACCCAUUUUUUAUUUAAUGCGUGACAAAAUUAGGAACUGUAGUUAGUACGGCGUACCCUCCAUUUACAUAGCGAGCAUGUUUCAUUCAGGUGUAAGAAGAUGCUGCUCUCUACGAACUUCCCAGACCAGAACAUAAUGGUCGUUACUACUUCUGCCACUGUCCUCAACUCCGACGUUUUCCCGCUACAUAGAUUGAACUUGGUUUCAACUUCAACUCACAUACACAUCCUCCCAUACUUCUAAACUUGUAUUGACAACAAGUAACCCUGCGUUAUUUUAGAACAUGUUCGUUUAGAAUAUAGUACAAGUCAACUUCUGAACUCACUGAACUUGAGUACUUUGAAACUUUUACAGAAAAUAGCAGCAUUUUAACCAAAGAUUUUAAACAAUUUGAAUAUUAAUAACUAGUCAUUAUGCCUUUUUAAGUAAAGUGUAAAAUAGUCCCGGUCUAUCUAUAUAGUAGGUAUAGAAUAAAAAGUAGAAGUUAGCGUUAUAUUGUCAUACAUCCUGCAGUACUUAGAACUUAGAACAUACUUUAUCGCGUUAAAUUAAGAAUGUUUGUUAUUUUGUGACAUAUCGAGAUCUAUGAUUUUAGUAGAUAUGUAUCGUAAUUUAGUAAGUAUUUCCUAAUGUUUUGACAAUAAAAAUAAGUAUUUAAUAUUAAUCAUAGUCCUAAAACUUAGCUGGAGACUCAGCUUUACAGGUGAUGUUUUAGAGAUUCUCUCGUGAACGAAAAUACACAUUCCAAUCUAUUUAGUAUCUAUAGGCAUCCAUCUAUUAACCAUAUAACCAAUUGAUCAUUCAUGAUCAAAUGUUCUACAACAGACAGACACCGCAUUUAAACUCUUUCAAUUUCUCUAACCCUUUCCUGCAGAAUUUAUCAGACGAAGUUCUGAUACAUUUAUUCAAGCCGUGGUUAUUUUAUCAUUUUUCAACAGAAAUAAGAAAAGUUACAAACACCUGUCAAGUAUCACCUACAUUGUUGUACAUAUUAUUAUACUCAUACAUAACUAGAUUUAGGUACUUUUUCUCUGUCAACGUGAUUUUAAUAAGUAUUUUAGUAUUUUUAUCUACUGUCGUUUCAUGUCGAAUGAUAAUUUUAUUUCAUAGUAUUAUUGUAAAUAAAAAUCGUACUUAGAAAAUUCCUUGUUUCAUUAGAUUGUAACUUAUUGUGUUGGUAAGUAUAAAUGUAUCAAUAUACCGAAUAUACUCAUACUCCUUAAAU